UCCCUUCACAUUACCUUACCUUGGGUAGUUAGGCAGCUAAGAGUCUUCUUCUUCUUCUAUUGAGAAAGAAAGAUAAAGAUCUUUUUCUUUCUUCUUCUUCACUCAAUUCAUUAAACCCCCCCGAUCCAUCCAUCGCUUGCUUAUUCGCAUCCAAUAAAAACUAAACUAAACCAAACCUGUUACAAACAAAAAAAAAAAACAAACUUCAAAAAGCUAACUUGGCUUGUAAACACACUUCUUAGGAUCCAGUUUUCUAGUACUGGAUCAGAUCUCAUUUCUCCUCCUCUUUACUUGUUUGUUCUUCCCCCCCUUCCUUCCUUCCUUCCUUCCUUCGCCUCCUCCUCCUCCUCUUCUUAGACAACCAACCAACCAACCAACCAACUAUGAUUUCAUCUUUCAAGCAGUCUACUAUACCCCUCCUCCUCCUCACUGCUGCCUCCUCCGCCUCCCCCUCCCCCUCCUCCUCCAGGCAACUCUCUUUUUCACCCCUCAAAGCCGCCAACAACUCAGUUGUUGCUGUUUCCACCACCAGACCCUUGUACCUUUCGUCUCUACAGUCUUUCGCCCCCUUGAAGACCAGAUCGUUGUUGUUGAUCCACCAUGGGAACAAACCCACUUCUUCGAUCACAUGCAACGCUUACGAGGCUGGUGAUCGUCCGAUUCUCGAGGAACCACAGCCACCCUCCUCCUCGAGGGUUAAGAUCGGUUUAUACUUUGCAACAUGGUGGGCUUUGAAUGUCGUCUUUAACAUCUAUAAUAAAAAGGUCUUGAAUGCUUACCCUUACCCAUGGCUCACAUCAACUCUCUCUCUAGCAACCGGAUCUCUCAUGAUGCUCAUCUCUUGGGCUACCAGAAUUGCUCAACCUCCAAACACUGAUUUACACUUUUGGAAAACCCUCUUCCCGGUUGCUUUGGCACAUACUAUUGGGCAUGUGGCUGCCACAGUUAGUAUGUCAAAAGUAGCGGUAUCAUUCACUCACAUAAUCAAGAGUGGCGAGCCAGCUUUCAGUGUCUUGGUCUCCAGGUUCAUCUUGGGUGAGACUUUUCCGGUGCAGGUCUAUUUGUCUCUUCUUCCAAUUAUAGGUGGUUGUGCCCUUGCUGCUGUUACUGAGCUCAAUUUUAAUAUGACUGGAUUUAUGGGAGCUAUGAUAUCGAACUUGGCAUUUGUAUUUCGUAACAUAUUCUCAAAGAAAGGGAUGAAGGCGGGGAAGUCAGUGGGAGGGAUGAACUAUUAUGCGUGUUUGACAAUGUUAUCUCUGUUAAUUCUUACGCCAUUUGCAAUUGCUGUGGAAGGACCACAAAUGUGGGCAGCUGGAUGGGAAAAGGCUAUAUCUGACGUCGGACCCCAGUUCAUCUGGUGGGUUGCUGCCCAGAGCGUGUUUUAUCACCUAUACAACCAAGUAUCGUACAUGUCUCUUGAUCAGAUAUCUCCAUUGACAUUUAGCAUUGGGAACACCAUGAAACGCAUAUCUGUGAUUGUCUCCUCCAUCAUUAUCUUCCAUACCCCCAUCCAGCCCGUCAAUGCCCUUGGAACUGCCAUUGCAGUCCUUGGAACUUUCUUGUACUCACAGGCAAAGCAGUAGUAAUAAUUCCGGAUGGGAGAUUGUUAAUGCAAUAAUAAAAAGAGAAUAAUUGAAUGGUGUACAGUAAGUAAAUCGGUUAGAAAGAAAGAGAUUCUCAAUAAAAAAUAAAUAAAUAAGAUUGUGGAUUGGAUUGGAAUUUGGAUGGAUCUCUCUCUGUUUCCCUCUCUCAAAUGGUUUCUUUUUCUGGUAAUAAAGAGUGUCUACUAUCUAUCUAUAUAUAUAUAUAUAUAUUCUCAAGAAGGAUGAAUUUGUUGUUCUUCCUCUCCUUCUAGUCAUUUUGGGUUUGGGUUUGUAUGUAGAUAAUAUUUUAUUGUAUUAUGUAUGGAUGACAACUUGAUGAUUCAUAAACACAAGCAAACAGACAUUGAUAGGCUGGAUGCAGUGCACCCCCUUCUUCCCUGUCCCUCAAUCAUGGAUUUGUUGUUGUAAGCAGCACAGCAGCUGCCAUAGGGUUGAGGAUAGGACAUUUUUAUUAUUAUCAUUCCUACCUACUACUUAGUAGUAGAGUACUCAGUAGUAGUGUAGUAAAUAAGAGGAACAAACAAAUGGUAAUAAUAUACAUGGCCUUCUCCUGUUUGUUUGUU